AGUGUGGCCCCAGAAGUACCACCUGUCAGUGCUCAUCAGUGCCACGUGCCAGUGCCCAUCAGUGCCACCCAUCAGUGCCAGACAGUGCCACCUAUCAAUGCCUAUCAGUGCCACCUAUCAGUGCUGCCAAUCAGUGCCACCUAUCAGUGCCAGUCAGUGUCGCCUAUCAGUGCGCAUCAGUGCCAGUCAGUGCUGCCUAUCAGUGCCAUGUAUCAGUGCUGCCUAUCAGUGCCAUGUAUCAGUGCAGCCUUUCAGUGCCCAUCAGUGAUG